GUUCCCACUCGCUGCACCUAUCCUGCCUUUAACCCUGUAAAAAAGCCCUCUGUAGCAACUGCUCCCUCCCCUGUUCCAUCCUACAGUUCUUCUCUGUCUCCAGCUGCUCCAUUUGUUUGCAGACCUGCGUUUACUUGCAGUGCUCCAGUAGUUAAAACCAGAAAAAAGCGAAAAUUCUUUCCAACCAAUACCAUCCUGCCAGUAUCCAAACCGGUGAACCUGCCUUCCGUGGUUCAGCCUGAAGCCUCUACUCAGCCUGAUGCCUCCUGAUGCCUUUACCCAGCAUGAUGAACUGAUCCAGCCUGACGAUCCUAUUAGGCCUGGUGACCCGAUGCCCACUGUCGAGCCAGACAAUCCGGUACCUGA